AAGCAAAUGAAACCGUCGGUGUAUAUAAACACAGAAUGGCUUACGCCUUGUGUUCGGCUGGAGCUGCAUCUGUCUUCUCUUCUUCUGCAAUUCGAAGGCGUUUGCCCCUAGUUGGGGCAUUUUGCAUGCUGAGCUUCGGCCUCUCCAAUCUUUGCCCCACUCUCUCCUCUUCCCUCAAGACGGGUUGCGCUCAAUCUCUCCCCUUUGUAUCUCUGUUGAGAUCAAAGUUUAGCACCCAAUCGCAAGCUAAUACUAUCAAAAUGGAAGCAAGUGGCAACACUGUACCCAGUAUCGUUGUGUACGUUACUGUCCCUAACCGAGAUGCAGGAAAAAAGUUGGCUCAAAGCAUAAUCAAAGAGAAACUAGCAGCAUGUGUGAACAUAGUACCAGGUAUUGAAUCAGUAUAUGAGUGGAAGGGAGAGGUCCAGACAGAUUCAGAGGAGCUACUUAUAAUCAAGACUAGGCAAUCUCUGUUGGAAGCACUAACAGAGCAUGUCAAGGCAAAUCAUGAAUAUGAGGUACCAGAAGUAAUCUCCUUGCCUAUAACUGGUGGCAGCAUUCCAUACCUAGAAUGGCUCAAGAACAGCACAAGGGAUUGACUUCUCACGUGUAGGGCAAAAAUUUGAGCACAAAGACUUGGCACCUAAUGAACUGCUGAACAUGAAGUGUUGGGAUGUAUAUACAAAGGGCCUUUCGGUGGCCCUAUGCUUUGCUUGCAUGUUAUCCUUAUAAUUUGACUUUAUAUGCUGUGAAACCUAUUAUUUUAUGUCAAAGUUCCUGUGAAGGCUAUGUGCUGAUGAUUCUGAGGGUACGAUUAAAAUGUUGUUGUUUGGUUGGCUUUGUUGAAUAAAAUGUCAUCUUAUGGCUUGGUGUA